GUUUCCUGCCAUCGAUACUGGAGGGCUCGGUUCGGGGUAACUAUGGGCUCAUGGAUCAGGUGGCGGCCCUACACUGGAUCCAAGAGAAUAUACAAGAAUUUUAUGGCGAUAACAAUAACGUUACGAUCAUUGGUCACGGAUAUGGGGCCGCCUGCGCUCACCUGCUCAUGCUUUCGCCUAUGGCCACCGGGUUAUUUGCCAGAGUGGUGCUAAUGAGCGGCUCGGCGCUCAGUCCGUGGGCCAUAGCCCGCAACGCCGAUAUAUACUCAAUUAAAUUGGCCCAGGAGCUUAACUGUCCCAUCUAUGAUAACAUAGUAAUGGUGGACUGUAUACGACACAAAACCGUUGAGGAGAUACAAGCGGUGCCGUUGGAGGCGCCCCAAUACCUGACCUCAUUCGGGCCUAUCAUCGACGGAAUACUAGUGCCUUCGGAGCCCAAACACAUACUGGAGACCGGGCUCUCCGACUUUAACUACCACUUUCAACACAACGUGUCGGGCCAUGGCGUGGGCGCGUCGGGCGCUACCGCCGGCGCCGCCACAGCUCCGCAACCAGUGCCGGCCCCUCCGCCGCAACCGCCACUCACACCACUACUGUCCCAAUCGGUGCACUACAUCAACAACUAUGACCUACUGUUUGGCGUGACUCGAGUGGAGGCCCCGUAUGUGUUCGGCGCUCACGAAGAGCGUCACGGCAUCGAUCCGUCCAAACGCGACCGCAUUCUCCGUACACUCGUUAGGAAUUUGUUUGACUUUCAGCAACAGUCAAUAUUUUUGACUCUAAUGAAUGAGUACACGGAUUGGAACCGUCCGGUCGACCACCCGAUCAACCUCUUGGACUCGACGGUCGAUAUACUGGGCGAUGCGCUCCGCGUCUCGUCGCUUAUAGAGAGCGGAGAUUUGCACUCAAAGUGGAUCUCCUCUCAGCCCAAUCCUCAACACACCUCACAAUACAACCAUCACUAUCACCAGUCAUCACAACAGCCGUCACAACCGUAUAUUUCGUUUAACGGGGGUAACGGUGCUGACGGCGCUAAUGGGGCACUGCCUGGAGGACCGGGUGGUAGCGGUGGUGGGCGUAACGCCCGCAUCUAUUUCUAUGUCUUUGCAUAUCAGAGCGAAGAUGGUAAUAAGUUGUUGCACCAGAGGUUGGGUUGUAUGCACGGCGAAGAGUUGGCGUAUUUGUUUGGCGCCCCUCUCGCUGUCCAACUGCUCGGCCGACCCGUCGGUCACUUCGCCGCCAACUAUAGUAAGCCUGAGAUCACGCUCUCGGAGGCAGUGAUGACCUAUUGGACCAAUUUUGCCAAAUAU